GCCCGAGUUAAUCAUUUCCUGUGGAAAGUGUGCGGGAGGGGCGCGAGCGGGGCGGGGCGGGCCCAGUAGGCGACAGCGUGGAGCUGCCUCCCGCAGGCGGGCCAGGCCGGGCCGAGCCCCGGGCGCUGCGGCGACGGCGGGAUCCUUUCUGCACGGGGCCGGCUGCCGGGCGCCCAGAGGAAGCUGCUGAGCCCCAGGCCAUGGUCCCGUCCCGCAGGACGUGGAACCUGGGAGCCACGCCCUCGCUGCGCGGCCUGUGGAGAGUGGGCCGGGCCGGGGAGCCCGAGUUGGGCAUGGCUCGCCCCGCCCCAGCCGGCCCGGCCGCCCGCCCUUUCCCACACACCGGCCCAGGGAGGUUAAGAACUGGGAACCUGAGGACCCCAAAGGCCUUUCUGGCCUGGAAAACACUUGGCCGCGGAAAAGACACCCCAGCCAGUGGAGACGAGGACGCCAGUGCGCGAGGAGCAGCUCGCCCAGCAUUAGCUCAGUGCCGAGCCCUCAGUGUGGACUGGGCUGGCCCCGGGAGCCCACACAGGCUCUACCUGACUGUGCAGCAGGCCCUGCAGGACAAGGGGUGCAAGAGCAAGAGUCAGGGGACCCGAGAAGAGAGACUGGCGAAGAGGCAGGCACCGGCUCCCAGGCGGGACCAGGGGGCCCCGGAUGCUGGUGGCAGCAUGAAUGUAGAGCAAACAGGUGGGCGGCUCUUUGGCAGUGGGCGGUGCUCCAGCCUGUCAGGUGGGCCACCGAUGCGUACGGCCUCCGUGGUACAUAGGAUGGUGGAGGCCAUGUCCCAGCUGCAGGACGAGAAAGCCCGGCUGCAGGAGGAGCUGCUGGCCCUCCGAGAGAGGCUGACCCUACGGGACAGUGACCAGCAAGCCACCUCCACCCACCUACAGAACCAGUCUCUAAGCUGGCCACUCAGGGGGACCCUACGGCCACCUCCUAUGCCGCCCACCUGUCUUCCUCCAUUGGCUACCCAAGCCCAAGGCAUGAAGGUGGAGAACCUGAAGGAGAAGCUCAUUAGCCAAGCACAGGAAGUGAGCCGGCUCCGCUCAGAGCUGGGAGGCACUGACUUGGAGAAGCACCGGGACCUGCUGAUGGUGGAGAAUGAGCGACUGAGGCAGGAGAUGCGGCGCUGUGAGGCAGAGCUGCAGGAGCUCCGGGCCAAGCCGGGGGCAGCCUGCCCAGGCUGUGAACACAGCCAGGAGAGCGCCCAACUCAGAGACAAGCUGUCCCAGCUACAGCUGGAAGUGGUGGAGAACAAGGGCCUGUUAUCAGAGCUGAACCUGGAGGUGCAACAGAAGACCGACCGGCUAGCUGAGGUGGAGCUUCGGCUCAAGGACUGCCUGGCUGAGAAGGCGCAGGAGGAGGAGCGGCUCAGCCGGCGCCUGCGUGACAGCCACGAGACCAUCGCCAGCCUGCGGGCCCAGUCGCCGCCCAUCAAGUAUGUCAUCAAGACGGUGGAGGUAGAAUCAUCUAAGACCAAGCAGGUCCUGAGCGAGACCCAGACCCGGAACCAGCACCUGCAGGAGCAGGUGGCCAUGCAGCGCCAGGUGCUGAAGGAGAUGGAACAGCAGCUGCAGAGCUCACACCAGCUGACGGCACAGCUCCGGGCGCAGAUUGCCAUGUACGAGUCGGAGCUGGAGCGGGCACAUGGGCAGAUGCUGGAGGAGAUGCAGUCCUUGGAGGAGGACAAGAACCGAGCCAUUGAGGAGGCCUUCGCCCGAGCCCAGGUGGAGAUGAAGGCGGUGCACGAGAACCUGGCAGGCGUCCGCACCAACCUGCUGACACUGCAGCCUGCAUUGCGGACUCUCACUAGUGACUACAACGGGCUCAAGAGGCAGGUGCGCAGCUUCCCCCUGAUGCUGCAGGAGGCCCUCAAGAGUGUCAAGGCCGAGAUUGGCCAGGCCAUCGAGGAAGUCAGCAGCAACAACCAGGAGCUGCUGCGCAAGUACCGCAGGGAGCUGCAGCUGCGCAAGAAGUGCCACAACGAGCUGGUGCGGCUAAAAGGAAACAUCCGGGUGAUCGCACGGGUCCGGCCAGUCACCAAAGAAGAUGGGGAAGGACCUGAGGCCACCAAUGCUGUGACCUUCGAUCCGGAUGAUGACUCUGUCAUCCACCUGCUGCACAAAGGCAAGCCAGUGUCCUUUGAGCUGGACAAGGUCUUCUCCCCGCGGGCCUCACAGCAGGACGUGUUCCAAGAGGUGCAGGCGCUGAUCACCUCCUGCAUCGAUGGCUUCAAUGUCUGCAUCUUUGCCUAUGGCCAGACGGGCGCUGGCAAGACGUACACGAUGGAGGGGACCUCCGAAAACCCAGGCAUCAACCAGCGGGCUCUGCAGCUGCUCUUCUCCGAGGUGCAGGAGAAGUCGUCUGACUGGGAGUACACCAUCACCGUCAGUGCGGCUGAGAUCUACAACGAGCUUCUCAGGGACCUGCUGGGCCAGGAGCCCCAGGAGAAACUGGAGAUCCGGCUGUGCCCUGAUGGCAGCGGGCAGCUAUACGUGCCGGGACUGACUGAGUUCCGGGUGCAGAGCGUGGAGGACAUCAACAAGGUGUUUGAGUUUGGCCACACCAACCGCACCACGGAGUUCACCAACCUGAACGAGCACAGUUCCCGCUCGCACGCACUACUCAUCGUGACGGUGCGCGGCAUGGACUGCAGCACGGGGCUGCGCACCACAGGAAAGCUGAACCUGGUGGACCUGGCAGGCUCGGAGCGUGUGGGCAAGUCGGGUGCUGAGGGUAGCCGCCUGCGGGAGGCACAGCACAUCAACAAGUCGUUGUCGGCCCUGGGGGACGUCAUUGCUGCCCUGCGCUCCCGCCAGGGCCAUGUGCCCUUCCGCAACUCCAAGCUCACCUACCUGCUGCAGGACUCACUCAGCGGGGACAGCAAGACCCUCAUGGUGGUACAGGUGUCCCCGGUGGAGAAGAACACCAGUGAGACGCUCUACUCCCUCAAGUUUGCCGAGAGGGUGCGCUCUGUGGAGCUGGGCCCUGGGACCCGCAGGGCAGAGCUGGGGUCCUGGUCCAGCCAGGAGCAUUUGGAGUGGGAAUCAGCUUCCCAGACACCGCAGUCCUCAGCACGCGCACACUCAGCCCCUGGCUCUGGGCCCUCAAGCCGCCCUGGCUCCAUGAGGAGGAAGAUGCACCCUUCUGCCUGACGGCUGGGGCUGCUGAGGCUUCAGGGAAGCCAAGGCCAAGGCCACUGCCCGUAUGACAGGUGUGGCCACCCUGUCAGGCCAGGAGCCAGAGUCCCAAGACCGCAGUGUCCUGUUCCUGCUGAAGCACUCGGAGCCUGAGGGGUGGAGGCCGGCAUGGAGGCUUCUCUCCUGCUUCAUCUCCCCUCAGAGAUGAGGAACAUGUUGAGAAGGAAAUGGUGUCUCUUGGGUGUGGCUCUGGGCACAGUGUGGGCUGGCAGGCCCGGGCUGUCCGAGUGGGCCCUCACUGGGUGGGUAGAUGUGUGGGAGGGUGGCCCUCGCCUGGGCUGGCCCAGCUCUCCCCAGCCUGCAGAGCCUUCCCCAUAGAGGGGGUUACCCAGGGGCCCCAGAUGCACAGGAACCGAGGGACUGGGUGGGUUGGGGGCAACUGGGGCAGCCUCCACCCGCCCCAGGCAUGUACAUAGUAUGCGAGGUGUACAUAGGAGCGCCGCACUGUAUUUAUAGCCAGUGGGCGGGGACACUGCUGCUCCCCUCGACUGCCUGCUCCAGGCCCUCUCCUGCUCACUGGCCUCUUGCCCUUUCCUUCCCUCUGACAUCCUAUUUAAGAACUUUUGGAAGCUUAGCCAUUUUUACUUAUUCAAAUAAAAGUCUUUUUACACAA